GCAAAUCAGCUUCUGCAGCAUUGCACUUUGGAAUCACAAUAACUUAAUGCGAUAUUCCUCACAUUACAACUGAUGUAAAACAAUAAGAUCAUCACAAAAAUGACCAGGUUAUGGAAACAAAUAACUCUAUACAGUAAGUAUGGACCUCAUGCAAGCUGUUGGAAACCAGACAAAUCUCAGAAGGGGGGAAAAGCAUUUCCGUGUAAUUUGGGUUGUUAUAUUAAAUGACAUCUACACGGCCUUCCAAUGGCAUUUAUUUUUUAUCCUCAUAUUCAAAUUCAACUCUGCAUUCUCAUUCAUAACCAAAAUUGCACGCAAGUUGGUACAAUCUGAAAGGUUGUAUUCUGAAGACUUUAAAUCCGUUUCGGUGUCCCCAUCCAUCCUAAACAGCACGGCAUCUCAAUAAACUACUCUGCAUCUCCCCUUUAAGGAAUUCUGCAAUAUAUUAACAUAUUUCAAAGUCGACCUUGAUCAUGUAUCUCUUUCAAACCUUUCUCCUUACUCCCAUCGUUUUUGCAGCUUCGAUAAUGACUCGACAUCAUUCUCGAGACGCAGCAGCAUACUUUCUUGACAACAAUCCCAAUGGCUCGAGCAUCAUUGCUAUGAGCAUAUCCCGAGAGGAUGGAACUCUUUCCCUGCCGGUUCGAACUUCUACUGGAGGAAAAGGGAUGUUUGGUUUGAAUGCUCCAGCAGCAAAUUCAACCGCAGCCCCUGCAUCUGGAUUUAGAGAUACUUUAUUCAGUCAAAAUUCUAUAAUUGUAUCGGGAGACAAGCUCUUCACUGUCAACACUGGAAGUAACACCAUGGCUAUGUUCUCAAUUCACCAAAACGAUUUCUUACAUCCGCGUAUGGUUGGUAGACCUGUGGAUACUAUGGGAGAAUUUCCUGUCGCCGUUGCUUAUUCUCCAAAACUCAAGACUGCUUGCGUACUAAAUGGCGGCGCAGUAGCAGGAAUAUCUUGCUUCUCGGCUCAUAAUAGCAAAGGGUUAUCAGCGAUUGGAUCUUUCCGACCCAUUGCCUUAAAUCAAACGACCCCACCCGUCGGACCUGCCGGAACCGUCUCGGAUCUUCUCUUCAACCCUUCUCAAACCACCCUAUUAGCGUCCGUAAAAGGUAACGGGGUUGCACCAGGCUCAUUCAUCGCCUAUCCUGUCUCUCGAAGCGACAAUAGAAUUUCCAGUACCCCCAUCAUCUCCGAGCCUCCACAAGUCCUCUUCAACUUUGGCAUAAGUUUUCUCGGCUCUGAUCAUCGACUUGCUGUCUCAGAUCCUGCGAUUGGUGCAUCGCUCGUUUCUAUUUCGUCAUCCUCUAUUAUAACCGCAGAUGUCCCAGUUACCGUUGCUGGAGAGUCGGCAGUUUGCUGGACAGAAUACAAUCCGAAAAGAGGAGAACUUUAUUUGAUGGACGUAGGGGUUUCAAAUAUCACAGUUGUAGAUGCGAAGACGGGAGUAAUCAAAAAGGGAAUCCAGCAAGACGAUGCGGGGCUAGGGAGUUUAGAUGCUAAGCUUGGAGGAGACUUUCUGUACGUACUGAAGAGUGCGGCGGAAAUCAAUGUUAUCAAGACAGAAAGUAGAAAAACGGUCCAGAGAUUCAAUUUGACAAAUUUGGGAAGUCGGCAAGGGUUUGUGGGAAUGGCGACCUGGGGGUUUGGUCAAAACUAGGGGUUGAAUGGUAGGAGACGGACUGUGAUGUAAAUGAAAAGAGUAUGUCGGUUCUUUGAUCCAUUCUUUCACUUGAGAUAUCAAUUUUUGGAAAUCGGUGGACUGGCAGCAAGAAAAUUUAGAAAGAUGAUUCGUCGUUGAACCGCUCAUUUACAUUUACCCCUUCGUUUGUUCCGCUUAGAUGAAGUAAAUUUCAAGCAGCUAGAAUUGGAGAUGCGGGAGAUCAUUUGAGUUCAUACACUACUAGCGUCAGAAUUCAUUUUCACUCGAAAAUCCAUUGAACUACAAUUUUAGCAAAGUGUAGAUUUGACUUACAUUUUAUUUUUGGAUUGGCUUCUGGUAUGCA